AUGUCAUUAUCGAAGAGUGAGACAGAUGUUAUCCUUAAUAAAGCCAAUGUCGCUCUGGCACGCAGUCAAUGGCUUGUUGCCUCAUGGCUACCCCCACGAACACAGGAGGAGCUAGACAAUUCGAAAUCCGAAGAAGAACUGCAGAAGGAGGAAGAUGAGAUUUUCACAGCAGUACCAGAAACAUUAGGAAUAGGUGCUCCCUUGCCCUCCAAAGCGGCUAAUGGAAGUUGGAAACGCGUCGAACUUGAUUCCAACGACAAGCUACGGAAACAGCUCCUUGGGAAGAACUAUAAGAAGGUGGUAGCCGCUAGGACAGGCGCUCCCCACACUCUCGGGAAACCUGGCAUGUUGACUAGCCAUUCCCAGUCCACAGCGAGGAAGGAAUACGAGGAGGAUGAUGACGAAGAGGAUGGGGGCCGGACAGCAAUGGUUACAAAAAGUAAAAUCAAGUCAAGAAAGAGGAAGGCGGUCCUGGAAGCUGGUCAAGAUUACGACGAUAAUGCAACAAGCGCGGGCAAGAACGAGGAAGAUACCCAAUCAACAGCACAAGGGAUAACGUCAUCAUCGCGACCAAUACCAAGACCUCAAGGUAGAAAAAAGGCCACGAGUAUCUUAGAUGAGAUUCUUGCGGACCGGUCGAAAAAGAGAAAAAAGAAAUGA